CGAUGUAACUGACAAGAUGUUGUCAUUUGUGGUUUACUUUUUGUUACCGUGGACUUGAGUGUAAAAUUAAAUAGGAAAGGUAAUGAUAAUAACCAAAAUCCUUUACACGCCUUUGCUUGGAAUGUGUUUUUUUUAAUCUCAAACUUACAUUAAACAUAUAUACAAUUAUACGAAAUAUUGUGACAAAAAAAUACAAUUAUACGAAAUAAUUCUUAGCUUGAAGCUUUAUUUUAAGUUGUCUAUGAGUUCGCCAAAACUAAUCUGAUAGAGAAACCAAUGUAAAGAGGAAUUGUGUACAUAAAUACUAUAAGCGAUAAAAAAUAAUAAUGUGCUUAUAAUAAGACUUCUGAAAUUCUUGGUAAUAUUUAAAAAUUAAAUGAUACACUAGCAUAUAUGGUUUGUUAAAAAGAUAUACAUCAUUAGCUAAUCCAUUUUUAUUACAUAUAAACACUUGCCAAAUACCAAUAUUUGAAUGAGAAUUGUAUAUCUAAUUUAUUAAUUUAGGAAUUUUUUUCACCUAUUGUUUACCUUUUGUCAUUUAAGUUUUGGACAUUAUCAAAAAUGUUACAGUCUAAUUACACACUAUCAUCAGAACUAUUUAGACUAAACCAACGUGGUAACAUAAAACUAAACUAACACCAUAUUAAAUAUAUAUUCGGUUAUCUACUAUUUUAGAAAGCAAAGGACAUAUUCAUAUUGUAUAAAUACGAGAAAAUUUAAAUAAUGGUGAUGUGAAAACAAGAGGAAAUAUUCUUCUUUUGGUUACUUUCAAAAAUUCCAUAUCCUUAUUCAAAUCCAAGCGUUCGAAUUGAACUCGAAUUUUUUUCAGAUUCCCAACAUUUUUAUAUAAACCAAACUAAAAACUGAAAUAACUAAAACAAAUCCAAACCCAAAUUCAUAUAUAACCGAACAGUUCUUAUAUUUCAUGAAUCAAAAAUUAAAAACCAUAAUUGAAUCAAAACCAAACUGAAAAUCAAAAAAUACAAUCUGAAAGAGAACCGAAGCGCCUAAACAUAAUAUUAGCGAACAAACAUAAAUAAUUACACGCUUUCAAAGCGCGGGUACUAUCCUAGUUAUUGUUUAAAAUGGAAGAAAAAGAUUUUUUAUGUUCAAGUCAAAAUGUUUUAAGGCAAAACUGGAAAUGCCAUUAAUGGCUAUUAUUUGAUUCAUUGAAUAAUACAAAAAAAAUCUAAGCCUGUUUAUGAUUCAAAAUCUAAGACGGUUAAGAUGAAUUAAGCUAGAUCUAAAGGCUCUUAUUCUUCUUGUAGACAACACCAUAUCAUGUUGAAAUCCUUAUAAAUAGAGGCUCUCUCUUAUGCUGUUCGUCACUACCAAUUAUCAAUAAUCAGUAUAUUUGUUACUUCAACAUAUUCUAUCAGUAUAGUUUUUCCUGUAUCUCCAUUCACCGAUCUCUCUUGUUUCUUCUUUUCUUUUGAAAGCUGAGCUACUUCUCAUCAUUUCUUGUCUUUCAAAUGUACGUGUUGAUUUGUUACUUUUCUCUUUAAUACAUAGUUCAUGUUGAACUUGUUAUAUAAUUUACUUAUCUUUUUUUGUUUAUUUUAUGUGUAUUUAUUUUUGGUGAUGUUAUCACUGGGACUAUAUUUUGUAAAAUAUGAUUUAAUUCAAUUUUCAUAUUAAUUUUCUCAUAUCUCUAUAUUUUAGUUUCAAUAAUCAUCCUACCAUUGACUAUCCUUUAUUUUUUAAGAAAAUAAAAAGUAAAAUGAAAGGACUAUCGUUAAUACAUGUGUUCACUAUAACUCAGAUCUGAAUAUGUUGGUAUGUAGUUUAGUAAUUAUUAUGCGGUUCAAAUAUUGUGAACAUAAGAUCGAACAUUGAACUUGUUCUGUUUUUUUCAGGUUGACCCUAACGAUCAGUUCUAGUCUUUUAUUCUUGAAGUUCUGAGAUUGAAAACAAUAAAAUAAAGACUUGAUAAAAAAAUAAGACAAAAUAAGAAAAAUAUGAGAUUUUUUUUAGAAAAAUAUUUUUUUAAUAAAAGAGAAGUUAAUUGAAAUUGUACUUUUCUCAAAAAGUAAAUUUGAUGUUUGUGUUAUGAUUUAUAUAUGUACUGCUAUUUGUUUUGAUGAUAUUUUCUCUAAGCAUUUAUCACUGAGAUUAGAAUAAAAAAGAGUUUGUGGUUUUUUUGUCUUAGAUUAAUUAAGUUCUUAACUUUUUUAUUUGAUGUUCUUUUUUACGUAUGCGUAAUUUCUCAUAUGCAUCUACUGUUACUUAUUAUAUCUUUGGCUUGCUUAAUGAUUAUGAACUUUUGAUCAUUAUUUCUUUUUCUUAAUGCAGGACUUACUUUUGCAAUGGAUGAGUCUACUCCAAUCGAAGCUACACCGUUCAGCUAUCUAAUCCCGAGCUUUGCUGACGAUGAUGACAAUCUGAUGGAGAACAUCACAUCACCAACUUUCCAAGGGGUUACACCACUUCAAACCGUUGAUGAUGAGACCCCUUACACAACACCACCCGCUAAUGAGGAAAACUACAACACACCACCCUCUCAACCUCUAUUACUGGCCACACCACUCAGCUCCGCUUCACCAUCUGAUGAAUCCAACACUGCUCCUGUCGAUCCCAACAUGGGUCCUAUCAAAAGAGGACGAGGCCGACCAAAAGGUUCAAAGAAUUCAAAGCCGUCCAAGAAGAAGAUGGAAACCUCUCAUGAUCCCAACAAUGAAGUGGUUGUAUCUGGUCACAAUGACGAAACUCACAACACAUCAUUCUCCCCUCAUCCUCCUCUAGUGGCCACAGAUCUUCAAGCUAUUGUACCAUACGAUGACUCCAACCACGACUCUUUGGCUGAUGAUGAUGCUGCUCCGAGUAGCGAUCCUCUUAAAAGAGGACGGGGCCGACCAAAGGGUUCGAAGAGCGCCAAGACGCCUGUGAAGAAGCUGAAACCCCAUAAUCCCGACGAGAAAAUGGUAAUAUUUUGUCCGAGUUUUGACUCGAUGAUAACCGAAGAGGUGAAAGAAAAUGGGAAUGAAGAGCUGGUGGACUCCGUUCGGAUGCGUUUCAACGCCGUUUGUCGUCACUUAGGCCACGUAAGCUGCGAGAAAGCUGUGGUCACAACUGCCUUCAGUAGGUUUACCAAUCUGGGUGUCAGGACUAACAAGAAGAAGAGAAUCGGUCCGGUUCCGGGGGUACAACCAGGAGAUAUAUUCUACUUCUGGGGAGAGAUGUGUUUGGUUGGACUUCACACUCAGAUGCCUGCUGGUAUCGACUAUCUACUAGCAAAAGAUGGUGCAGCAGAAGGCUUAACAACAAGUGUCAUUACAUCAGUAGGACAUUACAACGACAAAACGGACGAGCUUCAUUUUUUGGUAUACACCGGGCAAGGAGGAACGUGUAAGGAUGGUAAACCUAGAGAUCAAGAGCUUACAAGAGGAAACCUAGCGUUGAUCGCAAGUCAGAAAAGAGGAAAUGAAGUUAGAGUGAUUAGAGGUAUAGUAGAUCCGCGCGAUGAAAAAAGGAAAGUAUAUAUCUACGAUGGUCUCUAUGUGGUAACCUAUUAUUGGAUAGAGAAAGGGACCACCGGCUUUGAUGAAUUCAAGUUUAAUCUUGUGAGACAACAAGACCAGCCUUCUGGUUUCGCCACGUGGAAGUUAGCUGAAGAAUUGAUGAAGUGUGGUUCGAGUAAUUUGUUGAGGAAGGGUUUUGUGUUUGGAGAUAUUUCUCUUGGAUUGGAGGCGUUACCAGUUCCGAUCGUGAACGAGGUCGAUGAGAACGACAAGGAGUGGCCUCUAGACUUCAACUACAGAGUCUCUUCGAAAAAUUUAAGCAUGAUGAUAGUUCCAAACCAUCAAUCUACUGGAUGCAACAACACUUGUAAAGGUGGUCAGUCAUGUGGAGAUCCGACAUGUUCUUGUAUUCAAAGAAACGGCGGCGACUUACCGUAUGAUAACCACAUUUUACUAUAUCGCAAACCGAUGAUCUACGAAUGCAGCGACCUUUGUGCUUGCCCCGAGGACUGCAAGAGCAGGCUAACUCAAAGCGGUUUGAAACUCCGGUUGGAAGUGUUUAAGACGAAGAGCUGUGGUUGGGGGUUGCGUUCGUGGGAGCCCAUACGAGCCGGGACUUUUAUCUGCGAGUUGGUUGGCACAGCUAAGGGAAGAGAUGAGAUUGAAGAAGACGACGAGUACAUCUUCGACACCUCUCGAGUUUACAAAACGUUUAGGUGGAACUACGAACCGGAACUUGUGGGUGAAGACUGUUGGGAAGAAGUCUCUGAAGUUUAUAAACUUCGGUCGGAAAUCUUGGUUAGUGCGAGAGCGUUUGGUAACGUUAGUCGGUUCAUGAACCAUAGCUGCUUGGCUAAUGUUAUGUGGCAGCCUGUUGAGUAUGAAACGGAUGGCCAACCUUUGGUUAAUAUUGUCUUUUUUGCAAAGAGACAUAUAUCUCCGUUGACAGAGUUGAGAUACGAUUAUGGAAUGUCUUAUGAUACUGGAGAGAUCGAUGAAGGUGGAAGCAAGGUUUUUACAGGUAAAAGGGCUUGCUUGUGUGGUUCGGAAAAUUGUCGUGGUUCUUUUGAGUGAGGUUGAACAUUUUUAUUAUUACUGUUGUUGUCUUUUCUUUUCUGUUGUUUUGAUUAUUGUGGUCUUGUGUUUCCUUUUAAUCAUUCAGAAUAAAAAACUUAUUUAAGUUUUUAAUCAUAUUGUAUGUUAUUUCAUUAUUAGUUAGAUUUGUAUCAUAAGAAAUCCAAUUCAUGUUUAAGUUAAGCCAAUUAAUAUAAGUCAUUUCUAGUCUUUUAUUCUUCAAGUUUUGAGAUUGAAAAGAUAAAUAAGACUUGAUAAAAAGAUAAAUAAGAAAAGAAGAUCCUUUUA